UCUCGUCGAGGGAAGCGUUACGAGUAAAAUACCAAUGUUCACGUACGAAUAUAAUAAUAAAAGGAUUAUAAAGAUUUUCAGGUAUAUUGCGAAUGGUCUAUUCGAAGUGAUAUAAUUAUGGCGUUAGGUCAGCUUUUCUUUUUUUCCUUUUUCUGCUGGUAAUGUUUCUCUAACCUUUUUAAAUUGUUGAUCGUUCUAUACGUGCGUAUAUACACGUGCGUCGUCGUUAACGUCGAUCAAAUGAAAUAGAUGUAAUUUUGCAAUAUCGCAUCAAAAUGAAGAACAAGCCAAUUCGUCAUAAGGAAAAAAAUACUUUCCAGUUUAAACCAUUUUCCGAACGGAUAAACGACAUUGAUAUCGACGUUUUUCAUCGUGUGGCACACAAAAAUGAAGAAAAUAAUGAGGAAGUUGAAACGUAUUUUCAUGAAACGCUUCAAAAAUGGAAUUUUCUCAAUUUAACGGAGGGUUAUUGUACCUUUAAAAGACAGGUGCGUGAUAUCGUUACUCUUCCGCAAUUGCUCAAUAAGAAGCAGCACGUAAUAGAUUUACUUUUGGAAUAUAUAAAGAAGCAAGAUGUUUUGUUUCUACAACCAAUACUGGAAUUAGUGGUUGCCUUGGCGAAAGAUCUGCAAAAAGAUUUUUAUGAUUAUUUUCCUGAAUUUUUGAAUGCCAUAAUAGAUCUAUUACAAACUAAAGACCCGGAACAAAUAGAAUAUGCAUUCGUAGCUCUUGCCUACUUGUUCAAAUUUCUAUGGCGAUAUUUGGUGAAAAAUGUGAGAACAGUUUUGGAUAUGUUAUUGCCGCUAUUGAAUGACGCACAACCAGUUUAUAUAAACAAUUUUGCCGCAGAAAGUUUUGCCUUUGUCGUUCGAAAAGUUAAAGACAAAGAAGCAUUUGUUAAAUUGUUGUUAAAAAUAUUGGAGGAGAGUCGACAUCAUAGCGUUGCCGGCUCUGGAAGAUUAAUGUUUGAAGUAAUAUCUGGCACCCCUGGCCAAUUUCAUUCCUGUGCAGAUCAAAUUUUAUUACUUUAUUUUCAUUCUUUAAAAGAUCAAUCCAUAAAUCAAGAUCUUGCGUAUAACGUUAUGAGACAGGUGAUGAAUUGCAUUCUACGAAAUAUACAUCCUUCCAAAUGUUAUGUACUUUGGGAUACUUUUUUGAAAGCGUUAGACGCAACAACCACGGAAUUGAAAGUCUCAUCAGAAAGUAGAAAAUGUCAUUUGGAGCUCGUUUUGUGUCUCAUGAACAUUGUUCUUAGUCAUAAAAAUGGAAGGAUGCUCGAUGAUCCUGUGCCAUUGAUUAACAAAUUGAUAAAUAUGAUCGAGGAUUUUCAAACUAACGACAAUAACGUUUCCUCUGAGAUUAUCAAUGCGCUAAUUAAUAUUCUUCUAUCUGACGUUAAAUUGGCUCAAGAGACUUCUAGUCAUUUACUUAAUAAAAUGAUGUCUAUGGAUAAUGUAGAAUUAUUAUAUGAUGCGAUUGAAAAACUGAUAAAUUAUUCGUCAUUUGAGACACUUGUAUUACCGCAUCUGUUGAAAAGAUGUAAUAUCAUUGGAUUGAAAUCCGAAGAAGUAAGAUUGUUGGGUAAAAUAAUAAGACAGAAAGCGCCUCCUUCCCUUGGCGGUCUAACCUUUAACAAAUGGAAGAAAUUCACUCUUGAUAUAAGGAACGUGUCAAAAGAAAGCAUUGAUUAUUUCUUGAAAGAAUUGAACGCCAUAACUGAUAUUACAUCAUCAGAUGCAUUAUGGAUGAUAAUGAUAGUACCACAUUUUAAAGUUCUACCCGAAGACAUUAAAGUAACGAUAAGGAAGCAACUUUUAACGGUUUACAAGGAAAUAUUACAUCACGAAAAUAUGGAAAAUAUUAUGGAACUUGAGAAAUUUAAUUUCAUAUUUUUGUUCUUACUUGACACGACGACUCAUAUUCUGGAAAGAGAGGAAUUUUACGAAUUUACCAAGUCCCACGAUAUAGAGAUAAUGCGUUUAUUGGAAAAACAAAGUAAUGAUGAUCCUUUCAUUCUCAAUGCGAUAGACCUGUAUUUAACAUUUUACAAUGGAUCGCAGUAUCAUGAAAAAUUCUUCAAUCAAGUAGUAUUCGACGUGCUACACGAUUGCAUAGUUAAAAAAUUGAAUUCGCCCGUUCAUCUAAUUCGCUUGGUUGUAACGCAUAUUUAUUCAUUAUUCGCUAAUGUCCCAGGUAUAAUCAUGUCCAAGGAAGAGAUUGAUAAGAAUCCUCUGAAUCUGAUUUAUCUAGCUGAAGGUAUACCAGCGACGAUCCAACAAUAUCGAGAUAAAUUGUUACAUUUACAGGGUUUAACGUUUGAAAGUAAUGCCAUGGCCAAUUUAAAUCCUAAAUAUUACGAGAUUCCUCUUAGAUAUUUAUUAGGAAAUUUUUAUAUAAACUUUUCCUUAUUGUGGGAUCCUGUAAGUAAAAUUAUUGGAAGCUAUGCUACCAAAGGGUGUGCCCAAUUUUGGCCAGUAUUUCUUUCUGAAUUGAAAGAUGCAAGUGCGACUGAUUGGACGUAUCAACGAGUACAUCAAUCUGAAUUAAUUCAAAGUUUGGAGUUGGAGAUAUGUAAAAUGGAUGAUAAAGCAGAUAAUAAUAAUAAUAAUAAUAAUAAUUAUAAAAUUCUUCUUUGGAAGUGCAUGCCUCUUUUCGCAAGCUAUUGCGAAAUGAAGAACAGAGAUUUAACGAGUUUAUUUAUUGAAUUUGUAAAUAAUAACUUUUUCAGAUCUAAUGCCGAAGAUGCUAAAUUUUGUAGCAUCAAGAAACAUGCAACUGUAUCUGUUGUUAAUACGAACGAGGAAGGAUCCAAUACGGAUGGCGAAGCACUAGAGAAAGACAAAAUGUCUUCCAAGGUGGAGAAUAAAAAUUUACCUGGCCAAGGAAGAAUAUAUAAAAUAAAAUUAUUAUUGGCACAAAUGGAUAUAUAUGGGAGGAUGAAAAAUCCCAAUGUAUUUUAUAGAGAAACAGAAAUGCAUAAAAUAUAUUUGGAUUUGCUUUCCUCGAAAAAUCCUGAAAUACAAAGUGCUGCCUUAAAUUGCCUUUGUACGUACAAAUAUAAAUAUCUUUUACCGUACAAAGAUCAUUUGUAUAAUUUAAUAGGUGAAAAAAAUUUUAAAAAUGAACUUGCGCGCUUCAAAGUCGAUCCAGAAAGUAAUUUUAUAUUGGAAGAAGAUCGCGCAGGGCUUAUGCCCGUGCUAAUGAGAAUCGUUUAUGCAAAAAUGAUAAUGAAAACUGGAAUGCGAACCGGUGGUAAAGCUGGUGGAUUGUUGAGACGUAAAAUUAUAUUGCGCUUUCUCGCUGGCUCUAAGGAAGAUGAAAUGAUUAUGUUUGUUGAAAUGGCCUUUAAACCUUUCAAAAGGUACUUAUCGUUCUUCCCAAAUGCCUCUUCCGUUGACCUCAACGUAUUAACGAAGAAUAUCAUCGAUGCCGUCGAUCUAACUAAUGUCAUUCCACCGAAACGUUUGCGAAGUGCCAUUAAUUUAUUAGGAAUUAUGAUGGAACAAUUUGGGGGAAAUGUGACAGGAAAACUUUUACCACAUUUACUUGGUAUAUCGAUCUGCAUCGGAGCUAUAGUCACAGGGAUUUUACAAAGAUCAGAUCAAAUUCAUUCUGGUUAUUUGUCAACGAUAAAAAAUGUAAAAACUAAUUCCAUUGCCAUAAUAGCAAGAUUCUUUUCCCAUUUUGAAAAUUACCCAUGGAAAAAGGAUGAGAUAGAUGCUCUAUUCAAUGUCAUGGUAUUUCCUUGGUUGGAAAAAUUACCUAUAGAAGGAAUUCAUAGUCCUACGGCUUUGUUGAAAUUAUUUAUUUCUUGGAGUCAAAAUGCUCGUUACUAUCCUCUGUUCUUAAGGCAUCAGGACAACAAUAUCAAUGUUACUAUUCUUCCUUAUAUCAUGAAACUUUUGUUGGGAACUAAAACUCAUUCGUCCGUAAUUAAUGCUAUUUUGGAAAUGAUCGAAAAAAUGUUAACAAUGGAGGAUUACGAGAAAGUUAAUCCAGAUACGGAGAAAAUCGAUAUGGACAUGCCUUUUCUACCAUUAACGUCUGUCCUAACUAAUCUACUUCCUGUUAACGAUAAGCUUCCAUCAGACGGAUCGAUUAAUUAUGGAUCCAUUAUUUUACUUCCGCACGUUGAUGAUAUUUUAGAAUAUAUGAAGAGAAAGCUUAAAAAUUCUAAAAGAGGCAUGAAUAAAACUGAAUUAACCAUUUUAUCGCGCAUUUCUGAAUUUGCCAAAGAUCCAGACACCUGCGAUACAUUAUUGGUACUAAUUUUGCCGAUAUUGAUGAAAAAGGCAUUAACGAAUGAGAGUGAUGAUAUUAUUAUUGAAUUAAUUACGACCGUUAGAAAUCUCAUUAAACACGUAAAAUCAGGAGGAGAAACCCAUUUAAGAGCUCUCGCACCUUUGCUCGGUGUAAUAUCGUCGGUACCUGCCCGCAAGCUUAUAAUUCAAUUGUACGGCAUUAUCGCUGAAAGAUCUGCCGAAGGAGAUCAACGAUCGAUCGUACAAAAUUACAAUUUGCUGGAGGGACUCAAUGCAUGGGAUCGCAGGUGGAUCGAUCAACCUGAUUUUGAAAAACGAUUGAAUACCUUCGGCGACAUUAAUAAUUUAAUAGAAAAAAAUGAGAUGGCAUUAAACUGUGGCGCGUCUAUUAUUUAUAAUUGCUUCUUCUUCUUAAAAAAUGAAUCGGACUUGGCUAUAAAAGAUUAUGCCGGUCAGUGCCUUAAAAAUAUUGGACCUAAAUUGGCAAGGAAGUAUAAGGAUAAUCCAUCUGACAGACGUUAUUUGAUGGACGAAACAAUUUUACACCUUAUAAAAAAAGGCAUAACUAGCAAGUCCGAAGUAUUAUGCUCUCAGUCAAUAGCAUUUUUAGGGCAUAUGUCAUUAGUAUGUCCCGAUGUACAUCCAGUUUUACGUGACUUAUCGGGAUUGUGCAAUAAAGCAGAUCCCGAGGUAGAUUUUUUCGAGAACAUGCAACAUUUGCAAAUGCAUAGGAGGGCUCGCGCAUUAUUGAAAUUUUGCGCUCUAUCGAAGACAUUGACUAAACGUCCAAAUCCAAAAACGCUCACACAAUUUAUCCUACCUCUUGCUUCGACGUAUUUGUGUAAUGAAGCUUACAUAAAUAAAAACAAUAUGGUAGAUGCAGCAAUCGAUACAAUUGGUACCAUAUGUAAACUCUUACCUUGGUAUCACUAUGAAAUCAUUUUAAAAUAUUAUUUAAAUGCAUUAAGAAGAAAUGUUCAAUUUCAAAAACAAAUUAUCAGACUAAUUGUGACAAUAUUGGAUUCUUUUCACUAUGACCUUUCGAAAUACAAACCUUCGGAAGAAGUUUGCUCGGUAAAAGGAGCAAAAGCCUUGUCUGAAAGUGAAAAAGAGCUUAACAAUGAAAACAAUGAAGAAGAAGAUGAUGGCAAGGGGAAUGAAGAUGAAAAUGAAGAGGAAAGGAUGGAUGUGGAAUUGAAUAAUGAAAAUAUUGUUGAUGUAGAAGAUAAUGAUGAUAGAAUAGAGGCAGAUCUGCCUCUAUUACAAAGACAAAUUAUACUAUCGCAAUAUGGAGCAAAAAGGGUUAUAUCUGGUAUAUCAAAAGGAUUACUACCACAAUUAUAUAGGUCUAUUGCGGCAAGGACUCGUCAAGAUGGUAUACACAAAAUUAAUAAAAAGAAAGUAAUAGGAGAUAUGGAAGAAGAAGAUUUAAUGAGAGUUCCUAUUGCGUUAGCGCUAGUUAAGUUAUUGCAAAAGCUUCCAGAAGAUAUUUUGGAGUCCCAUCUGCCAGGCAUCUUCAUGAAGCUAUGUACCUUUCUGAAAUCUCGUCUAGAAUCUGUGAGGAGAGUUACUCGCGAGGUGUUGCAGAAGAUAAUGAUCACUUUGGGACCAAAGUAUCUUCAUCAUCUUUUAAGAGAAUUAAAUAGUCUUUUAACGAAGGGCUUUCAAGUUCACGUCCUUGCAUAUACGAUACAUUCUGUAUUAAAUGUUUUAAAACCACAUUUUCAAAAAUUUGAUAUCAAUAAUAACUUGCAAAGUAUUUUAUCAGUUUGCAAAAUAGAUCUCUUUGGAUUAACUGCAGAAGAAAAGGAAGUUAUAGGUAUUGUAAAAAAUGUUACAGAAGCCAAAUCAACCAAAAGCUAUGAUAUUUUUCACAUACUGGCAGAAUAUAUGACAGAAUCUUGUUUGCUCGAUUUGAUAAUGCCAUUGAAGGAUGUUCUCAUGAGAACGCAUUCGCAUAAAACGGUACAAAAGGUCGUGGAAUGUUUAAAAAACAUUGUCCUUGGUUUAGCGGAUAAUAACUUCAUACCGGUCGAACAAACGCUUAUAUUCUUAUAUGGGGUUGUAUCAGAAAAUAUACCAGAAUUAUUGGCAGUAAAGAAACAUGAAAGAUUGACAGAAAAGGAAAUAUUGCAAAGUCAAAAGCCAGACUGUUUUAUAAUACCUGCAGAACCAAAAAAUAGAAUGGGUAUGAAAGUUGCAUCAAAAACAACAACAAACACGAAUGUUCAUGUAAUAGUCGAAUUUGGUUUGAAGUUGUACCAUAUAUUUCUAAAAAGAGAAAAAAUAUCUGAUGCGACAUUCAAGCCCUAUUUAGAACCCCUUGUGUCGAUUUUAACUAACUGUUUGAAGUCUCAGCAUGUAAAGUUGUGCACCCUAACUUUGCAAUGCCUGAGCUGGAUACUCAAGAUGGAUUUAACGUCUGUACGCGAAUCGAUAAAUGACAUUUGCUCUUCCAUCUUCGAAGUUUUACACAAAUAUGCAGCGGCUGGUUUGAGCAAGGGAGAUAAUUUUGAUCUCGUAAUGGCAGCUUUUAAAUGCGUUUCAGUACUUGUUCGCGAUGUAAAGCACUUUACGAUUAGUGUUGAACAAUUAAAAAUUUUACUUUUGUAUGCCGAACAAGAUCUUCACGAUGGCGAUAAACAAGCAACAGCGUUUGCCUUGCUUAAGGCAAUAAUUAAAAGGAAAUUGACGGCCCCAGAGAUGGAUGUAGUUAUGAAAAAAGUAGCUACGUUAAGUAUCACGUCGGAAUUGGAACAUGUCAGAUUACAAUCGCGAUCUGUAUUUUACUCAUAUCUUAUGGAAUAUCCUCAUAACAAUCAUCUCGACGAUCACAUAGCAUUUUAUUUAUUUCAAUUGAGUUACGAAAUGCAAUAUGGCCGUAUUAGUGCAUUACAGAUGAUCAAUAGCAUUAUUACAGGAUUUCCGUUGAAAUCUCUGAUUAAACGUGCAGGAUUUAUAUUUUUGAAUACUAGUGCUAGAUUGGUAAACGAUGACGAUCCAAUAUGCCGAAAGCUUUGCGCGACAUGUAUUAAAGUAAUGUUAAUACGAUUGCCUCACAACGAAAGGGACAAACUGUUUGAUAUUGUAUUCGCCUGGCUGAAAGACUCUCAGAUAAUUCAUCGGCGAUUGGCCGUACAGUUAUGCGGCAUAUUUGUCGUGGUUGAGAAGGAAACUUUUGAGUCGCGUCUCGCAAAUAUAUUGCCUAUUUUAUUGCAACAAUUUCAUGAUAAUAUCGAUGCCUUGAAAAAGCCAGAACCUGGUCAUUAUGUAAAAUUACAUUCUGAAAGAGAAGAGAAUAAAAAACGCAAACAGAAUUCAAAUAUAAAAGAUCCGGAACGAUUAAAGGAUCAUCACUUAUAUCAAGUGUUGCAAUUAUUAUUAAAACUAUCGGGACAAUGUCCAGGCUUUUUAAAAAAUAAAAAAUACAAUGAGGAAAUAUCUUCGUUCGCCGAACAUAGUCAAUCUUUGUUGGGACAUCCACAUCUGUGGGUUCGUUUAGGAGCUACACAACUGAUCGGUUUUAUAUUAUCUGUACUCGACAUAAAGAAAAUUGUGGAACUUAUAAAGAAUCCCGAAGAACAUGCCACAAUCGAGAGUUAUAUAUAUUCCAAUCCUGUCGAUACGUUAAAAAGUUUGUCCUUAGACUUAAUUGCACAAUUACAGCCGGACAUGAUGUUCGAAGAAUUAGCGGACCAAGUUGUAAAAAACUUAAUCUUCGUUGGAAGAAUUUUGAAAUCAUUUGAAAGUCCUAAUAUCGUAAAUUCAGAUAACGAGGAUGAAAAUAAAGAUGGUAAUGUUUUAUCCCUUAGUUGGCUAAUGCGAAGAUUAAGAAAAAGUGUAAAUAUAGAAGUGAUACAGGCACCUAAAUCGAUAUCUGUGAGAAGCGCAGUAUUCAAGUGGAUCGCCGGUAUAGUGGCUACUAUACCAAUUGAAGAAUUAGAUACAUUACUUUUUAAUCUAAUGUCUCCGUUGGUACGAGAAAUGUCCACGACCGAGGAAUCAAAUGCUCCUUUGCGCCAGUUAGCAAAGGAGGUAGCUUCUAUGAUAAAAAAACAAAUAGGAAUAGAAGAAUAUGCGAGAUUACUUAGUAAGGUACAACAAAAACUCGAUAGUAAAAAAACAGAACGGCGGAAGAUACGAAAACAGCAGCUUGUGACGGAUCCGGAAUUUGCGGCAAAGCGUAAAAUUGCGAGACAACAAAAAAAGAAAGAAAGUAAAAAGAGGAAGUUGGACAACGUAAGGGGUAAAAAUAUAUCGAGGAAACGGUUCAAGAAAGAAAUCGACUUGGAGAGUUUUUAAUUAUAUAAGUGAUUUACUUAUUAUCCUUUAUUUUUUCACGAAAUAACAGAUUUUGUUAUUGUU